GUCAGAAAGAGAGUUUAAAAAGGGGGGAGCCUGUGGAGAGCUCACUAGCCGCGGUCGCCUGCCCUCUGCCUGCAGAUCCCCGCUUGGAGUUUGACCGCCGCUCUUGGCUGGGCUCCCGCUCCCGGCUCCGCGGAGAUGCUGUCCUGCCGCCUUCAGUGCGCGCUGGCCGCGCUCUCCCUCGUCCUGGCCCUGGGUGGCGUCACCGGCGCGCCCUCGGACCCCCGGCUCCGUCAGUUUCUGCAGAAGUCCCUGGCUGCUGCUGCGGGAAAGCAGGAACUGGCCAAAUACUUCUUGGCAGAGCUGCUGUCUGAACCCAACCAGACAGAGAAUGAUGCCCUGGAACCUGAGGAUUUGUCGCAGGCUGCGGAGCAGGACGAGAUGAGGCUGGAGCUGCAGAGAUCCGCGAACUCCAACCCGGCGAUGGCGCCUCGAGAGCGCAAAGCCGGCUGCAAGAAUUUUUUCUGGAAGACGUUCACAUCCUGCUAGCUUUAUUAAUGAUUGGCGUCUCUAUCAGACCUCUGAUUCCUUCCCUUCAAACCCCAUUUCUCUUUCCGAAUCCCCCACAUCCUCAGCAAGAUCCUUGUAUUAGAAAUCGAAGACUGUAAAUAUCAAAUAAAAUUAUGGUGAAAUUAUGGAAAACAA